AGACCGGCCUUCCCGCCCCUCCGGCCGGGCCCCCCGGGCGGGCUGCUGCGGGAGGCGCGACCCGCGUCGUUGCGGGGGCUGUGCUUGUGUGGGCAGGAAGAAGAUUGUGCCCAGUUUGUAGGAGCUGCUGAGUGCUGGCCAGGAUGGUGGUGUUCACGUGCAGUGCCUGUGGAGAAUCGGUGAAGAAAGCACAGGUGGAGAAACACGUGAACAUCUGCAGAAACUGUCAGUGCCUUUCUUGCAUGGAUUGUGGCAAGGAUUUCUGGGGUGAUGAUUAUAAGGAACAUGUGAAGUGCCUAAGUGAAGACCAGAAAUACGGUGGAAAGGAUUUUGAAGCCAAAACUAACAAAGGAGAUGCUAAACAACAGGAGUGGAUUCAGAGAAUUCAUGAAGUAAUGAAGAAGCCAAACAUAAGCCCUAAAGUGCGGAACGUUCUGGAGCAAAUGCGUGUCUUUGAUAAUAUUCCAAGAAAAAAAGUAAAGUUCCAGAAUUGGAUGAAGAACAGUUUGAGAAUUUCUGAUAGCACUUUGCAAGACCAGGUGUGGAAUAUUUUCUCUGAAGCAAGCAGAAAUAUUUCAAGUGAAAAAGAACAAGGCAAACCACAACAGAAACAAGAGGGGCAGUCUGCAGAAACUGGGGAAGAAACAAUGGCAGAAGAAAAUGGAAUUGCAGAUGACAAAACUGAGAAGAAAAAGAAUAAGAGAGAACGAAAAGAAGAGAGACAAAAGAACCAAAAAAAGGAGAAAAAAGACUUGAAAUUAGAAAACCAGUCAGAAGUAAAAAAGAGCAAAAAGUCAAAAAACAGAAAGGAGAGCUUGGAGAAUGAAUUUGAAAUAAAUGGGAAUGGCCAUCAGAGGGAAAUAGAAAAGCAAACAAAUGUAAAGAAGCGCAAACAUAAACAUGCAGAAGAGGAACCUCAUGUCACAACAAAGAGAAAGAAAACUGAAAACACCUCAGAAGACUUGGAAACAGAAAACACCAAUGGCAGUGAAGAACAUAUGGGAACAGAUACAGGUAAAUUCAACUGGAAGGGAACCAUCAAAGCUGUUCUGAAACAGGCUCCAGACAAUGAAAUUUCAAUUAAAAAACUAAGAAAAAAGGUUAUAGCUCAGUAUUACGCAGUAGCUGGUGAGCAACACAGAUCAGAAGAGGAUAUUCUAGUCAUAUUUAACAAGAAAGUGAACAACAAUCCCAAAUUUAAAGUUUUAAAGGACAAAGUUAAACUCCUGAAAUAAGAGUCUGCAUACUUUUCAUAACCUCUGUAUUUUAAUCUUUCAGACUGAGUCAAAUGCUUUUGUCAGCUGUACAAAUAUCAUACAGUGGUCUCCAUUUAAAUUGUGUAUGUGAAAGGAGAAUUUAAUUUUUAAGACUGUAUUUGUCCUCCUUUUCUAGAUUUAUCACAGAACAUCUUCAGAUAUUUUAUUUUUUGAUUUUAUGGAAAAUGUAUAUUUUUUGUACAAGCCUACUGUAUUAAAAUUCUUAAAUAAAAUUCUGGGAUAAUUUUAUUAUCUAUUAUAUAAUUAUAUAUAGUGUUGUAUAUAUAAUUAUAUACAAUCUAUAGGCAUGAAUGUUUAUCAGGGCCUGGGCUGUGUGACUUUUUGCAGAAACUAUUGUAAGAGCAAGUAGAAUUUUCAUAUUCAAAACCCCAUCAUGGAGUAAGUGUUCUUUUAUGCUAAAAUUCAGAAUGGUAUGAUUGAUAUGCCCUGCAUGCACUAUAGUUAAUAUAUGCAGGCUUUAAUAAUCUGUUAACUUUGUGUUGUAAAAUGCAUAAUAGUCUGUCAAAUUUGUGUAUAUAAUAUUGCACAUUCGGUGAAAAUCUGAAGACUUGAGUUACCUGUAUAUGCAUAGCUAUUGAAUGUUUUAAUUAGUAAUGCAACUGCCUUCAAUGUCAGUGGUCACAGGGACUAGAAAUUGACUGAUUAAAUAAAUUACUUUUAAACACCACCUUAAAUAUGAUAAAUCUUGCCACUUUGAUUUUAUAAUAAACCCACAAAUGAUAGAAAAAUUGAAGAGGCAGUUAUAUUGCAGUCACCAAAACAAUUUAGGCAUGCCAGCAAUGUUACACAUAUGUAAGACACAGAGUUGCCUGGGCAAAGUUACAUGAAGUUUAUAGGGCUUUAAUGAAAUGUAAAAUACUUCUAGAUAGGGACUUUCCUACUGUGAAGUAAUCUGUUAAAAACAGUACAAGAAAGCCAGUGAAAAUUUCUUGUAGUAGAUAGCAUGGUAUUUUGGAAACCUGCAUAGUGAUUUGAAGUAGACACACUUUUCUAAAACUCCAUAAUUAAAGUAUCUGAAAUUAUAGAAAUAUUAAAUGUAUUAAAAGUAUAAAUAUGAACAAAAAUACUCUUUAAUAUGCUGGGUCCAGUUUUUCUGAGUACAUACUUGUUUAUUAUAAAUUUUGUAAUGAAAAUACCUAAUAAAUUUAAGAUCUCUUCAAUAA